UGUGCAAUAUCAGUAUUUCCUUUUUUCCUUAAUAUCCUAGCGUUUUUUUUGCCAAGUCAAUGAUUAUUAAUCGACCAUUUAUACUUUACAAUAAAAAAUUUUGUAAAACGUACAAACGAAUGGACGGAAAAUGAAAAUAAAUGGAAUGGAAUGGAAUGGAACGGAACGGAACGGAACGGAACGAGACAGAAGAUUGCAAUGAAAUAGGACAGAAAGGAACGAGACGGAAUGAAACGAUUUAGUGAUUCGAACCAAGAUGGUACUGGAAAGUACGAUGAUAUGUGUCGACAACAGCGAUUACAUGAGAAAUGGAGAUUUCUUACCGACACGACUUCAAGCACAGCAGGAUGCUGUUAACUUGGUUUGUCAUUCGAAAACGCGCUCGAAUCCCGAAAACAACGUUGGUUUGAUAACACUAGCCAACGUUGAAGUAUUGGCUACACUUACUAGCGACGUAGGCAGAAUUUUGUCCAAACUUCAUCAGGUCCAACCAAAUGGUAAUCUAAGUCUAAUUACAGGAAUAAGGAUUGCACAUUUGGCAUUGAAGCAUCGUCAAGGCAAAAAUCACAAAAUGCGUAUAGUGGCUUUUAUCGGUAGUCCCAUUGAAAUUGACGAGAAAGAACUUGUGAAAUUAGCAAAAAAGUUAAAAAAGGAAAAGGUUAACGUGGAUGUGAUUAGCUUUGGUGAGGACAAUGCUAAUAUCGAAGUAUUGACAGCCUUUAUCAAUACUCUCGUUGGAAAAGAUGGAACAGGCAGUCACUUGGUCACUGUUCCACCUGGACCACAUUUAUCCGACGCGUUGAUUGCCUCACCGAUAAUUCAAGGAGAAGAUGGAAUGGGUGGUACAGGCAUGGGAGGAGCUGCUUUUGAGUUUGGUGUUGAUCCAAACGAGGAUCCAGAAUUGGCAUUGGCAUUACGCGUUUCCAUGGAGGAACAACGACAACGUCAAGAGGACGAAGCGCGACGUGCGCAAGCAACCGAGGUGGCUACAAACAAACAGCCAGAAACGAUCAAAGAAGUUCCCAAUGAAGAAGUAAUGUUAAAACGCGCGCUCGCAAUGUCACUCGAGGGCGCCGAAAAUUCAUCCACAACAACUGACAAUACCGCUCCCGCUAACAUAAAUGCCCCCGAUUUUGCUCGUAUGACAGAAGAGGAACAAAUUGCUUUCGCUAUGCAGAUGUCCAUGCAAGAUCAACAGGAACUCGAAUCUGUGAAAGAGGAAGCAAUGGAAGUUGAAGAGGAUUAUGCCGCUGUUAUGUCUGACCCAGCAUUUUUGCAAUCAGUUUUAGAAAAUUUACCUGGUGUUGAUCCUCAUUCCGAAGCCGUACGUCAAGCCGUUGGAUCUCUUCAACAAAACAAAGAUAAAGAUAAGGAUAAAGACAAGGAAAAAGACAAGGAUAAAGAGAAGGAAAAGGAUAAAGAGAAGGACAAGGGGAACAAAUGA